AUGUCUUUAUGGGUCGACAAAUAUCGUCCAAAGUCGUUAGAAACUCUCUCGCAUACCUCUAGGCUCACAAAUCUUUUGCAAUCUCUUGCAGUGGAACCUAGAGAUUUGCCUCACCUUUUAUUUUAUGGACCCAAUGGAGCUGGAAAAAAGACACGAUGCAUGUCCUUGCUACAGUCUAUCUUCGGUAGCGGUAUUUACAAAUUGAAGAUUGAUGUAAGGCAAUUCACUACGCCUUCAAACCGCAAGCUAGAACUGAACGUUGUUUCAAGCCCUUACCAUUUGGAGAUCACGCCUAGUGAUAUGGGUAAUAAUGACCGGAUUGUGAUUCAGGAAUUACUGAAGGAAGUAGCUCAAAUGGAACAGGUGGAUUUUCAGACAGGAUCUGUGGCAGAGUCUGGCGGACUAGCCCACAGGUACAAAUGUGUUAUUAUAAACGAAGCCGACUCUUUAACACGAGAUGCACAAGCUGCGUUGAGAAGAACAAUGGAAAAAUACUCUAGAAAUAUCCGAUUUAUUCUGCUAUGUGAAUCCAUGUCCUCCAUGAUUGCUCCCAUCAAAUCCCGUUGUUUGCUAGUGAGAACUCCAGCCCCGAAUACACUAGAAACAAUUGAAAUUUUGAGCAAGGUCGCCAAAAGCGAGCGCGUUUCGGUGGAGGAUGAAUCGAUUCUGAAGCUCAUAUCUGAAAGCUGUGAUGGCAACUUGAGGAAAGCUAUUUUAACUCUAGAGUCCAUGGCCUUGAACAACGAAAUGGCAUUGAAAACGACGUCACCUUUGAUUAGGCCUGAUUGGGUUGUGGUGAUUUUGAAAAUGACCAACCGCAUAGUGAAAGAUAGAUCAGUAUCUUCAAUCGUAGAAUGUCGUUCCACUCUCUACGACCUGUUGGCACAUUGCAUACCCGCCAAGGUCAUAAUACAAGAGCUCGCUUUUGCUUUAAUGAAAGAAGUCCGCAGCGAUGAACAUAGACUAGGCGUCAUUACAUGGGCAAGCGUUUUUGAUGAGCGAUUGUGCUUAGGAAACAAGCCUAUAUAUCAUUUGGAGGGUUUCAUUGCAAGAGUGAUGUGCGAAUUGGACGCAUGA